UCUUUGUGGAUCUUUUACUACUGAAAAUGCAGUCAACUUUCAUGCAGCAGAACACAGACGUAUACUAUUAGUGAUAAACUGUUGUCAGAAGAAAUAAAAACGGGUAUAUCACAUUUCCUUUUCACUAACAGCCAACGAAUAUUUUCACGCAUCACAUAUUACACACCCUUGAGUAAUUUGAUUAAUAAACAACACAUCCACCGUAUUUCUUGUCAUUGACUCCGUACAAAUGAGUAAUAUGUUGUGUCCACAUAAAAGGAAAAUACAUAUGACUACAAUUUAUUUUAUUUAUUUAUUCAUAAAUAUUGGAUUGUGCUCUCCGUAUCAUGGAAGGUUCCAAUUCCAAAGAGAAAGAAUACCUGAACAUUGUGGUCGUAAUGCAUUUGAUGAAUUUUGGAGUCAACAAUUUAGUAAUACAAUCAGGAAACGUAUUGUUGGUGGUAUAGCUACUGCAUACGGGGAAUGGCCAUGGCUGGCAUCUUUAAUGUUUUAUCAGACAGCUGAACAAGUGAAAAAUCAGAAGGAGGCAAGUAGUGCAUUUCCAGCUCUUUAUGAAUUGCUCGAGGAUGAUGAUGAAAAUCAUUUCGUUCCACCGUCAGUUGUUUAUAAUUAUCCUGAUGGAGCUAGACGAUUUCAUCUAUGCGGUGGUACAUUGAUACAUCCGCAAUGGGUAUUGACAGCAGCACAUUGUUUCAUUCCGAAUCACAUUUAUCCUCAUUUAUCAACGAAUCCAUCAAGUUGGAUUAUACGCAUUGGUGAACAUGAUAUGCUAAAUGAAACUGUUGAACACUACGAUAUGGAAGUUGAAAAAAUCUACGUACAUCCUGAAUACGACUCUGAAGCAACUGGUAGUGCUCAUGAUAUCGCUUUAAUCCAGUUAAAAGAUUCUGUAAUAUUAUCAAAGUAUGUGAAUAUCGCUUGUCUACCGUCGAGAAAUGAUAAUGCUGAUGAACCGGGCAAAGAGUGUAUCAGUGUUGGCUGGGGACAUGAAGUUCAUGGUAAUCGGAUCUAUCUAAUCGGACUAUGGAUGGAAACGACAUCACUUCCAAUCUCUCUUGAAAAUCCUUCGAAAUCAUCAUCAUCAUCACCGCUGUCGACAUCAAUGCAUACAAUCCCCUAUCCAGAGAGUUAUCAUUUCUACACUCCUGUACAGUGUUUAGACAAAACAGUCUGUUGGAUUAAGUCGGAGCAUUCAUUGAGUUGUUUACGCAUGAUACGUUAUUUGAAAAAGCAUCUUGUACAUACAUUGGUAGAGAAAUUUCAAUGCCAACAGUAUAUGCCAACAUUAUCAAAUCCCAUGGUGCUUUUUUCUCAAGAUCAUUUGGAAACAUUUUUAUAUCAAAUUCAGUACUUUGAAGAUCUUAUCCAAUGGAUUGAACAAGUCUGUGUUCGUGUCGAUCAGUUUCUAAACGAUGUACAAAACUCUAAUGAAAAUCCGACCACCAAUCAUCACCAUCAACAUUUCCUCAAUCCAUCAAUAUUUCUAAAUCUUCCUUUCAAUGACCCCGUCAACUGUGAAUCUUGGUUUACCGAUAUAUGGAAUAAGGAGAUAGUUGAAUUAGUUCAGAAGAUGCUUACACCCUUGAAAAAAAGCAGUCAUAACUCUUCAAACUAUGCGAGUCUUUCAGAUCCAACCGAUUGGGUUCUAUCCACAUGGCCAUGGCAUAAAAUUGAUGCUUCAAAACUUUCAAGUGAAGCAGAUCGUCUAGGCAGACAGUCUACAUCACUGAUACGAUUUACAGAAUUCUAUCAAACUUGAGAUUAAACAGCCUUUUUUAAACAGAAUUAUUAACUAUUCAUUGCUAGACUACUAACAAGUAGUAGUGUGAAAACUGUCGAGAUUAAUGUUGACACCACCACAGAUGUCGAACUCCACUCAGACGGACACGUACGCACACACACAGAGCUUCGCGUGAUCUGUUCUAGUGAGCUUUCUAUUCUUCUCCGAAUGUUUACGACAAUCAAGUUAAAUAAUUUAUAUUUGUCUGUAAAUAUGUGUAUAUUAGAAUUAAUUUUUACAAAAAUUAUGACCAGAAAAAACUCCCACUUCCCACAUUUUAUUCAACGAGAAUUACACAAUAAAAGAACGUAUAAAUUUUUCUGUCUAUAUUAGAGAAAUCAUAUUUGUAUUGAUAUUAACUGGCCUGAACAACUGGAGAACAGUCGGAGAGAGAAAACCGGAAAGAGAUUGGAAAUCUCUAGGUGGUUUGAUUGCUUGAUUGUUUACCCCGCCGUUUUUUCCCAUGCAUCAUAUGUGUCAAUAUGCAGAAAUAA